ACAUCUGCCCCACUUACGUAAUGCAGGAUUAUGUCGACUUGAAGCGAACCACGUAGCCUGAGGAAGGCAGCAUAAAUGAAGCCGGCUGCCCAGCGCCUGGGUUCCUUUCUUCAGGGGAGAUCAAACACAAAACAUGCAGUCGAUUAUUUCACGGAACGGGUUGGAGACUCCAGAGCCUGUGAAGGCAGAAGUUAAAGGAAGCGUCCCCUCGUGGCUCCAGGGCACGUUGCUGAGGAACGGCCCCGGGCUUUUCUCAGUGGGAAACUCCGAGUACAACCACUGGUUUGACGGUCUGUCGCUGAUUCACAGCUUCACCUUCAGCGGCGGGGAGGUGACUUACAGAAGCAAAUAUCUGAAGAGCGAGACGUAUAAGAGGAACAUCAAGGCCGACAGGAUCGUGGUGUCUGAGUUUGGGACCAUGGUUUAUCCCGAUCCCUGCAAAAACAUCUUUGCCAGGGCGAUGACACAUUUCCGCAACAUCAUCCCGGAUUUCACAGACAACAACCUGAUCAACAUCAUCCGUUAUGGUAAGGACUACUACGCCUCCUCCGAGGUCAACUACAUCAACCAAGUGGACCCAAACUCCCUGGAAACUGUGAGCAGGGAAAACUACAGGAACCACAUAGCUGUAAACCUGGCUACGGCUCACCCUCACUACGACAGAGAAGGGAACACCUUCAACAUGGGCACCGCCAUUAUUGGCCUCGGACGCCCAAAGUAUGUCAUUUUCAAAGUACCGGGAAAUGCUUCAGAUAAAGACCCCAAAAAGCCUGCGCUGAGAAAAGUCCAGCAGAUGUGUUCCAUUCCUUUCCGAUCCACUCUCUAUCCCAGCUACUUCCACAGCUUCGGCAUGACUGAGAACUACAUUGUGUUUGUGGAGCAGUCCUUCAAACUGGACAUCAUCAAACUGGCGACGGCUUAUUUCAGAGGAGUCAACUGGGGCAGCUGCCUCAAGUUCGAUGAGAAAGAAAAUACGUUCUUUCAUGUCAUCGAUAUAAAGACGAGGAAAGCAACAUCCUUUAAGUACUACACUGAUGCUCUGGUGGUCUUCCAUCACAUCAAUGCCUACGAGGAGGACGGCCACGUGGUGUUCGACAUCAUCACCUACAAGGACAGCAACCUGUACAACAUGUUCUACCUUCACAACAUGACAGACGAGACGGACAACUUCAUCAACGCCAACAAGGAGUUCUCCCCGCCCUUCUGCCAGAGGUUCAUCUUGCCUCUCAGCAUCCAGAAGGAUUCCCCCAAAGGAACCAACCUCGUGACUUUGACGGACGCGACAGCGCAGGCGGUGAUGCAGGACGACGGCUCCAUCUACUGCAAACCUGACACCAUCUUUAAAGGAAUGGAGCUGCCAGGGAUUAAUUACAACUUCAACGCCAGAAAGUACAGAUACUUCUAUGGCUCCAGGCUGGAGUGGUCUCCUCAUCCUAACAAGAUCGCCAAGGUCGACAUCGUCACCAGAACGCAUAUCGAGUGGCAGCAGGAGAACUGCUACCCUUCAGAGCCCGCGUUUGUGGCGUCUCCAGGAGCCGUGGAGGAAGACGAUGGAGUCAUUCUGUCUUCCGUCGUGUCUUCGGAUCCGAACGUUUCACCUUUUCUGCUCGUCCUAAAUGCCAGGACCUUUGAGGAGAUCGCCCGGGCCUCCGUCCCAGUCCCCGUCCACAUGGACCUUCACGGGAUGUUCAUUCCCAGCACAGGAAGCCAAGAAAGCAGUUAGAAUGAUUAUUCCUUUUAAGGAUAUACUACAUCAUGAGGAACGCAGAGACCGUGAGGUUGCCUUGGAAAUGAAAACGGGAAACAAACUGGAAAGUUUUCAUUGUCAUCGGACGUGAAUCCAUGUUUCAAAGUCCGGUCAGUACUUUAAGUACAUCCUGUUCAAUAAAUGAUCAGUGUUUUUAAUUCAGAGUAAUUUUCAUGUGAAUGUGCUUUACUGGAGGCAUCCAUGUUUGUCAAAGAACACUACUGCCACCUACUGGUUAGUGACGU